GGAGGAGAGGCGGAGAAAAGGGAAGAAAGAGCCGCCCUCGCUGCUCUUCCUGCCACAACUACCCGGGAGGGGGCAGGCGGCGGGUUGUGGUUGCGUGAGGCGACUCUGGAUCUGUCCAGGCGACUUAGCCACAGGUUAGCGCUCCGGUAGAAAGAGCGCUACCAUGCCGACCAACUUCACGGUAGUGCCGGUGGAGGCGCCCGCUGGCGGCAACGAGGCCCCGAGUGCCCAAGGGCUACAGCAGACGGAGCGUUUAGACGAACCAGCCAAUGAGAAUAGUAAAAGCCAGGGCUGCGCUGGUGCCCACGACCGGCAACCACAACAAAGUGAGAGUGGCAGCGUGGAGCGCGGGAGCCAAGGUGAUGGGGUCCCACGGGAAAGUAGCCCAUUCAUCAACAAUUCAAGUUUGGAGAGAGGAAGACUCUAUGAAGGAAAAAAUAUGGCGCUCUUUGAGGAAGAAAUGGACAGCAACCCCAUGGUAUCAUCUCUUCUUAACAAAUUAGCCAAUUAUACCAAUGUUACUCAGGGAGUGGUAGAACAUGAAGAAGAUGAAGAUGCCAAGCGGAAGGAAAUUAAGGCUCCAAGUAUGGGUACUUUCAUUGGCGUGUAUUUACCCUGUCUACAAAAUAUUUUGGGAGUUAUUCUAUUUCUGCGACUGACAUGGAUUGUGGGAACAGCAGGAGUUCUUGAAUCAUUCAUUAUUGUAUUCAUGUGCUGUGCAGGUACUAUGCUGACUGCAAUAUCAAUGAGUGCAAUAGCAACAAAUGGUGUAGUUCCAGCUGGUGGUUCGUAUUAUAUGAUUUCACGGUCAUUAGGGCCAGAGUUUGGUGGAGCUGUGGGACUUUGUUUUUACUUGGGCACAACUUUCGCAGGAGCCAUGUAUAUUCUUGGCACAAUUGAAAUUCUACUGAAAUAUAUUUCUCCUAAUGCUGCUAUUUUUCAUGGAAGCGAGGAGGCCACAUUAAACAAUAUGAGAGUUUAUGGGACGUGUAUUGUUGCUCUGAUGGCGAUAGUUGUUUUUGUGGGAGUCAAAUAUGUCAAUAAACUUGCAUUAGUCUUCUUGGCUUGUGUAAUCCUUUCAAUUAUGGCUAUUUAUGCAGGGGUUAUUAAAACUGCAUUUCAUCCUCCGGACUUUCCUGUAUGUCUUCUUGGAAACCGUACCCUAAUAAAAGAUAAGGAUUUUCCCUGUGCUAAAUAUAUUGAAAAAAACAACAUAACAGUAACCACCCAGUUGUGGAGAUGGUUUUGUGGCAAUAAUCCCAACUUAAAUGCUACAUGUGAUGAGUAUUUUCAGUUAAAUAAUGUCACAAAAAUCCAAGGUAUUCCUGGAAUUAAAAGUGGCGUCUUACUUGAUAAUUUGUGGAGCAGCUAUUCAGACAAAGGAACAAUUGUGGAAAAACAGGAACUUCCUUCAGUUCCUGUUUUAGAUGAAGCAAAAGAUGAACAAGCCUAUUAUAUAUAUACAGAUAUCAUGACUUAUUUCACCAUUCUAGUAGGGAUUUAUUUUCCUUCUGUGACAGGUAUUAUGGCAGGUUCAAAUCGGUCUGGAGAUCUUCGGGAUGCUCAAAAAUCUAUUCCAACUGGAACAAUUUUAGCCAUCUCAACUACAUCAUUUAUCUAUCUUUCCUGUAUAAUUCUUUUUGGAGCCUGCAUAGAAGGCGUGGUUUUGAGAGACAAAUUUGGACAAGCAGUUAAUGGAAACCUAGUGAUUGGUACAUUGGCAUGGCCCUCUCCAUGGGUUAUUGUAAUUGGUUCAUUCUUUUCCACAUGUGGUGCUGGUCUUCAGAGUCUCACUGGUGCCCCCCGGCUACUGCAGGCAAUUGCAAGAGAUGGCAUUGUUCCAUUUCUUCAGGUGUUUGGUCAUGGAAAAGCAAAUGGAGAACCUACAUGGGCUUUGCUCCUCACUGCAUUUAUUUGUGAGAUUGGAAUUCUUAUUGCUUCUCUGGAUAGUGUGGCUCCAAUACUCUCCAUGUUUUUCCUUAUGUGCUAUCUGUUUGUGAACUUGGCAUGUGCAGUUCAGACUCUUCUCCGAACACCAAACUGGAGACCUCGUUUCAAAUAUUAUCACUGGACUCUUUCAUUCUUAGGAAUGAGUUUGUGUCUUGCUUUGAUGUUCAUUUGCUCUUGGUACUAUGCCUUGGUUGCCAUGCUAAUUGCAGGAUGCAUUUAUAAAUACAUAGAAUACAGAGGAGCUGAAAAAGAAUGGGGAGAUGGAAUCCGAGGUUUGUCCUUAAAUGCUGCUCGUUAUGCUCUACUUCGACUUGACCAUGGUCACCCUCAUACCAAAAAUUGGAGGCCUCAAGUCUUGGUGCUGUUGAAUUUGGAUUCAGAACAUUUGGUAAAACAUCCUCGGCUGCUUUCUUUUACCUCUCAAUUGAAAGCUGGGAAAGGAUUGACUAUUGUGGGAUCUGUACUUCCAGGAACAUAUCUUGAUAAAUAUGCAGAAACUGAAAGAACUGAAGAGAAUAUUCGAACUUUAAUGGGAACAGAAAGAACCAAAGGAUUUUGCCAAAUCAUAGUAUCCCCCAGUGUUAGAGAUGGAAUCUCUCAUUUGAUUCAAUCUGCUGGUCUUGGGGGGAUGAAACAUAAUACUGUUUUGAUGGCAUGGCCUCAAUCCUGGAAGCAGACGAAUAAUACAUUCUCUUGGAAAAACUUCGUUGACACUGUACGAGAAACAACAGCUGCACAGCAAGCUCUACUAGUUGCUAAAAAUAUAGACUUGUUUCCAAUGAAUCAGGAACGUUUUAGUGAGGGCAACAUAGAUAUUUGGUGGAUUGUUCAUGACGGUGGCAUGCUUAUGUUGCUUCCUUUCCUCCUGAAACACCAUAAGGUGUGGAGAAAAUGUAGAAUGCGGAUCUUCACUGUAGCUCAGAUGGAUGACAAUAGUAUUCAGAUGAAAAGUGAUCUUCAGAUGUUUUUAUAUCAUCUUCGAAUUAAAGCUGAAGUGGAAGUUGUUGAAAUGUUUGAAAAUGACAUUUCUGCCUUUACGUACGAGAAGACUCUUGUGAUGGAGCAGAGAUCUCAGAUGCUAAAACAAAUGCAGCUUUCAAAGAAUGAAAGGGAGAGGGAGAUUCAGAGCAUCACUGACGAAUCUCGUAGCUCAAUCAGAAGAAAGAGCCGCUCUAGCCCACAGGGUAUUGGCCAAGCGGUAGACAGUCUGCUACCUAACGAUAUUCAGGAAGAAGAGGCUCAGUUAAUCCAUGACAGAAACACUGCAUCCCAUGGAACAGGAAUGGUUAAAUUACAGACAGCUAUUGCUGCCCCAGAAAAAAUACAGAUGACCUGGACAAAAGAGAAACUUGUAUCUGAAAAGCAUAAAAAUAAAGAAGCAUGUGCGCCAGGCUACAAAGAUAUCUUCAGUAUGAAACCAGAAUGGGAAAAUCUGAAUGAGUCAAAUGUGCGAAGGAUGCAUACUGCUGUCAAGCUCAAUGGAGUUGUGCUAAACAAGUCACAAAAUGCCCAGCUGGUAUUACUGAACAUGCCUGGACCUCCCAAGAACAGACAUGGAGAUGAAAACUACAUGGAGUUUUUGGAGGUUUUGACCGAAGGCUUGAACAGAGUGCUUUUGGUGCGAGGAGGAGGACGUGAAGUGAUCACCAUUUACUCCUAAUAAUUUUACAUUAGCAAAUGUUGGAGGAAACAAUUUUGAGUUAGACUCACGUUUCUAGUGUGCAGAAUACAACAUUUACAGUUGAAAGUAUUCUCUCUCCUGUUUAUUAUGUAGAUGUUUAAAGUUUGUCUUUACUGAAGAAAUGGGGAUGUAUAUAUUUUUAUAUUGUUAAUGUCGAAAACUGGAGACUUCUUUUUGUCCUUCACAUAAAGAUGCGGCACUGAGUUUGCUCAUAGAAUCUGUAUGCAGAAAACCUUUUUUUUUUUUUUUGGAUAGAGGAACACAUUUUAGUAUUUUUUUAAAAUAACGAUGGGUUAGAAGAAAUAAACAAAAAAAGUGGGGUGGGACCUCCAGGAAUUGUUUUAUAAAUGUCUAGAAUUGUCAUUUUACUACUGACCUUGCUGAGUUAAAACCAUUUCCCCCAUAUCAUUUCUCCUUAGUUCUGUGCUCAUAUUUACUUAUCAAUUUGUGAAAUGCCUAGCACUGUAUUUUUAUGAAAAAAGUAGUUUAAUAAAAAUAAUUUAAUUGAGUCACUACAA